UUGAUGGCGGUGUACCACAAUGAAAAGAAGAAUCUAAAAUCUAAAUAGUAAAUACCUCUACAUAGUGCGCCGUACAUUGGUCAGUAACAUGAACUAAGAUAAUUGACACUUUAGCGGUUAGUCCGUGGUAAACAUCAUUUAACAUUUUAAUUUUUAACUAUUAAAUAUUAUCACACGAUUUAACAAAAAAAAAAACGACAUUAAUAUUAUUUUUACUAUUUGUUAUUAAUAAUUGAAAAAAGUCAAAAGUGAUAACAAUAUAACAAAUUUAAAUAAAUAUCUAAAAUAUGUACCUGAAAUGGUUUUAAAUUCCUAAACGCGAAUAAUGCAACAUUAUUGAGGUUCCUAUUAAAAUUUAUAACUGCGAUUAGAAAUUAAAUUGAAUACAGAUGGCUUCUACUUCGGGUCCAUCAGGAUCUGAAAAUCCCACCGAUAACUUGAAAAAAGAACCGUCCAAAGGUAUUCUAAAGCCUUCUGUGAGUUAUGAAGAAAAAGAAAAACAGAAAAAAAUUGGGAACAAGUCUGCUAAGUGGGACGAGAUGAAUAUAUUAAAGACUUUACAUCCACCAGAUAAAGAUUAUGGACACAUGAAAGUGGAUGAACCAAAAACACCAUACGAACGUGAAGUUAAUGAAGAUGAUGACGAAAUGGACGGUGGUGUAAAUGCAGAAGAGUUGAGGAAAAGGAUUGAGGAAGGAGGUAGACGGAGAAGUAGUUCAUUUCAAUCAGAAGAAGAACCUGAAUCUGAAGAUGAAUCUCCAGAAGAUAAAAUUACAAGAGAGGUAUUUGAACAAAAAAGAAAAGAACAUUAUAAUGAAUUCCAAACUGCAAAAAUACUGGCCAAACAAAUGAUGGAUGAAGAUGAAGAUGAAAAUGAUGAUAAUAAUAAACAAAAAUGAAGCUAGUUUGGUAUAUAAAGCACAUUUUUUUUGUUGUUUGUUUUCUAAAAGCUUAUUGUACAAUAUUGAAGAACAAAAAUGUAUUGUGAUUUAUUAUGUUAUUUUAUUGAGGUAACAUUUUGCAUAUUUGGUAAUUUGUUAACUACAAAUAUGGAUUGCUUAUUAUUUCAUGUAUUUUAUAAAUAUAAUUUAAAAAAAUUAAACAAUUACCAUAAAUUAUUAAAUUAAAAGAAUUAAACAAUCACCAUAAUUUAUUAAAUUUAAUAUGGACAUUUUUCAUAGUUUCUUUGAAUCACAUAGUUGAUUUUUACAAAAUAGCUAAUAAACUAUAAAAAUGUCGCCUAAUACACAAUUUAUGUCAAAUUAAAUUGCAAAUAUACCAUUCAAUAUUUAUAAGUUAUUGUAUUUAAAUUAUUUAUUUAGCUGCAUGUUUGUUAUGGUUAGCUUAUGAAAGCGACAUCUGAAUAUUUUAGCAAAAUUCAAGUACUUUAUUUCCUGGUGUAAUAUUAUGUGCAGAGACAAAAAUAUUCCCUUAAUAAAAUUAAUUGCUUUAUUCUUAGUUAUUUAUACAAUAAUAUAAUUAAUAUUAGUUGAGUUUCUUAUUAAAAUAAAAAUAUUUUGUUAUGAUUUGAUUUCAGUCAAUGUGAGUCAAAAUAAUUUGUUUAACUCUAACUGAAAUAUGAUAAAAUGUGUUAAUUUAAUAAAUAAUAAUAUUUUAACUGUAAAUUGUUAUAUUUGAUAUACAUAUUACACUGUUAUUUGUUAUCUGUUUAAGAUAAAAUUACUAUAACAGUGCCAUUUAUUCAGCUUAAAAUGAAAAAUUGUAUUAUUUAAUUUUCAAUCGUGUUUUUAGUGCACAAAUAAGUUAGAUAAAUUAGCUUGUGUGUAUAAAAAAAACUAAAUAAAACAAUUUACUCUAUUUUUUUUGAAAUACUUAUAUCAACAAAAUGUAUUGUUAAGUACCUACAGGCUACAAUAUAGUUAAAACUAAUUAAUAAAAUAGGUACAAAAUAUUUGAGUUUGAAUGGGUUGAUUUUGAUGAUGAUUUUUUUUAUACAUAAACAGUAAUGCAUAUUGAUUUACUAAUUUUUAUAUUUUGACAGUCCCUUGGUAAAUUUGAAACUAUAAUUAUAAUAUUUCAUCCUUAAUUUUGUAUAGAUUUGUCACUUAUAAUUACUCUUUAAAUUUGUCAACACAAAUCAGUAUGUAAAUUAAAUAUACCGGGACCUUUGUUUUCAUACCGGUCUGUGUUAACAAAUUUCUACUGAGAAACAUUUAUGUUUAAUGAAUAGAUUUAUAUCCUUCUAAUAAUGAAAACAAAUUAAUAUCAGACCUUUUCUAUAAGGAUAUCGCUCAUAUAUUAUUACUAUACAUAUUUUUAUUUAAGAGUUUAUGUACCUUAUGUAUAUUUUAAUUUUUAAAGUAUUAAAGUUGAAUUUAUUGAUUUGUGUCAAGUGUUACAUAAUUUUAAAAUGAAAGACUAAAUUGUGUAUUACAGACUUAUUCUAUGUAAUAUAAUAGGUAAAUUCUUAUGUAAAAAUGAUAUUAUGUAAUAUUUUUUUUUUCUUAUAUAAAAAUUAUAAAUUAUGAACUGUUAAACUACGUGAUUACAUUUAUAAUAUAUGACUUAUUUACUAGCAACUUUAAUUCAAUAAAUGGUUUUAUUUAUUUUACCAGUAGGUAUUAGGUACCUAUUUAGGUAAGAUAACAUUUGAUGUAUUGACUAGGUUCUCAACUGUUGUCUCACUGAGAAAAUUGUAUUUUUAUAAUUUUAUUUUAUUAAUUUUUAGUCUUGGUUUUUAUUUUUUCAUAAAAACGGUAAAAUAUUAGUAUACAUUUAUAUAUAUUUUUUAAUACCAAUCAGAUGUUUUUAGUUAAUUAGCAUUUAUUUGGGUUUAAGUUAGGUUAUUAUAUUGCGAAUAAAAUCUCCAUUACAAACCACUGGACUAGAAUGGAUUAUAAUAUAAUAUAUUUAUUGUUGGAAAAGACAAUUAAAUAACCAAUUACAUAUAAAUUAUACUUUUUGAUAAAUAUUAUUUUUCAGUUAAACAUACAUUAAUAUUUUAAUGCUUAUAGCUUAUUGUGUUUUGGGAACUACAUACGUUUCUAUUGUUAAAAAGCUAGAGAAAGCUUUGCUCUCGUAAGUCCUUGUUACAUAAUAAAUGAAUAAAAUGUCAAUAAAAUAAACCAUUGUAUUAUUAACAAAUUCAAAUGAGCAAAUAUAAUAUAUUGGUUGUUAUAGUAAACUAUUGUUAUAACAUUGUAACUAGUAAGUGCACAUAACUCAUAACAAUAUAAUUAUAUACUAAUAUAAGUAAUAUGUACAUUUGUUAUAGAUAAUACAUAUAAUUAGAUAUUGAGAAUAAGAUUAAGCUGUUAUCCUGUUAACUUACUUGUGUACGUUUUUCUAGUCUUAAUAGCCAAAACUAAAAACUGUAUUAGUAUAAUAUACUUUUUAUAUUUAAACUGUUCCAAAAUGAGAUCCAACAGCUGGUUUUUUGGAUGGGCUAAAAUGAAUAUAUUUAUGUAAUUGUUAUAAAUUAUAAUUAGUUCUUAAAAUAAAUGUAUCAAAAUCAAACGUAAAAUUAUUGAUAUUUUAAUAAAUCAAACAAACAUUUUUGAAUA